CUCUAACGGCCUCGAAGCCCCCUCGAAGACCUCGAUAUCUCGAGGUGAUUCAAGUGUGGCCUUCAGGUCAAGCCUGCGAGGCGAGCCAGUAUUUUCGCUGAGCUGGGUUAUUGUUUACAUCCUGUAGCCGCUCUUCGUACGGCCGUUCCGUGCGCGAGGGGAGCGGCAAAAAUUCUCGCGUCAAAUUUCGCCUGCACACCCAGUGGCUCGACUUUGCUGUGACUUUGCCUCCGGUUCGCCCCUCUAGUAUCGUACGAUCGUUGUGCAAGCACUGGACUCGAAGUACAGACCACCAGAUAAGUCCGCGGGGCACACACGCCACGAUGAAGGUAACGGUAACCACGCUCAGCGACGACAUCUUCGUCCUGGACGUGAUCGAGGACAUGGAACUGGAGAGUUUCAAGGCUCUGUGCGAGAUCGAGAGCAACGUGCCAGUCCACGAGAUGGUGAUCGCUUUCAAUGGUCUGCCGUUGAUGAACGACAAGAAAUCGCUGAAGGAUCACGGGAUUCGUGACGGUGACGUGGUGAUAUUGCAGCACAUGCAUCAGAGCGGGGCCGAGUUGAACCUUCACCCCUUAAACGGAGCUAUUCCCAUGUUGGACUUCAGUUCCAUCAGAGUGCCAGGAGCAUCCAACAGUCGACAGUCAGCCGCCUCCAGCAGCACUAUAGCCAGAAUGCAAAAUCCUAGAAAGGAAGACGAUCCAGAGAUCAUAAGGGACAUGUUUUUAGCCAAUCCGGAUCAGCUAGCAUUGCUAAGCCAGAAUAAUCCUAAAUUGGCUAGUGCCCUACUUUCUGGAAAUCUGGAGAGAUUUACUACUGUGCUCAGGGAGCAAAUAAAAUUGAGAGAGGAACGCGAAGCACAGAGACUGAGAAUGAUGAAUGCAGAUCCAUUCGAUACAGAAGCACAGAGGUUUAUCGCGGAGGAUAUCAGGCAGAAAAACAUAGAGGCAAACAUGGAAGCUGCAAUGGAAUACAAUCCAGAAACAUUUGGAUCAGUUGUUAUGUUGUAUGUUAAUUGUAAAGUCAAUGGAUUCCCAGUUAAAGCAUUUAUUGAUACAGGUGCACAGUCUACUAUAAUGUCUGACGCUUGUGCUGAACGAUGCCACAUAAUGCGAUUAGUGGACACAAGGUGGGCUGGUAUAGCCCAUGGUGUUGGAACCCAGCGCAUCAUUGGUCGUAUUCACAUGGUACAAAUUCAAAUUGGGAACGACCAUCUAACAACGUCGUUCACUGUCCUCGCAGAGCAAAGCAUGGACAUGUUACUAGGUCUGGAUAUGUUGAAAAGGCAUCAGUGUUGCAUAGAUUUGAAGAAAAACGUGCUGCAAAUCGGCACUACUGGCGCUGAAACGCCAUUUUUAGCAGAAGGUGAUUUUAAACAUUCCUAUGGUUGCACAAUAUAUCUUCAUCGGUUACACAAUCUGAAUACUUGUUUCCAAUUAGGGGAACUGCCAGAGUGGCUGAGGUUAAGCGGUUACAGCGAUGCGAGUAUUUACGAUGUGGAAGAAGAUAAGGAUGACAAGAAAGGAGGACCUCAGCGAGCGUUGGAGUAUGGUUCCAGAGACGCGAAGAAACAACGUCGUCAGCAGGAUGGCCAAGAAAGCAAUAGUUCGAGCGGGACAUCGAGCAGACUAGGCCCCAUAGAGACCACAGUCUUCUCCCACGACCCAUUCACAGAGGAAACAGUGAAGGAGAUCGAGUCUCUAGGAUUUAGCAGAGUACAAGUUAUCGCGGAAUUACGUAGAUUUAACGGGGACAAAACUCAAGCCACCGAUGCGUUGUUCACUAAAUCUUUAAAAUUUUAAAUUGACAGCAGGAGGAAAGGAGAAAUUAAUGAAAGUUUCCGUAUGUGCGCAGUAAAGAUAAGGAAGAUUUGUAUGUGAUUCUUGGUAGCGAUUUUUCAUAUCGAUUGUUGUAAAAAUCUGGAAACUACAGAAUCGAAACUCAGCUCAGGCGAGCUACUCUCGUUGCUCGACAAUUAGCAUGAAAUCGUGUCUCAAAUUUUAGUUUGUCGAGCAGCUAUUAUAUACAUAGACGCCGUGUUUUAUUCAAGUAGCAAAUGGCUACUUCGUAGAGUUAUAUCUUCUUCUCCGAUUUUGUAUUUUUUUUUAUUAUUUUUUUUUUUUU